AUGAUUGAAAACACCACUAUUACUCCUUCCGAAUCACGCUCAUCAAGCCCCAGCCAUGCCAAAGUCGACAUGGACGCCGAAAUACCUGACGAUUUUAUUCUUUUCAGCCAUGAGCUUCCCAAUGGCGAAGUCCAAGACCUGAUACGGAGGUUGCAUAGAUAUGCCAUGCUACCGGGCUAUCCGCACCUUGCUCGCUUCUUGCAGGACUGUGCCUUGGUUCUUAGAACGGAGGUUCAGAAGCUACCACGGCCAUUAAGAGAUUCUGUACCACCAUUCCACGAUGUGGUUACGCUGUCCUCGCACUGGGAUGAGAUCAAGAGCAGCCCCCUAAGUGGUGCUUGGGACGGUGCCUUCCUCUGCAUCUAUGAGAUAGCUAUGCUAAUAGGACAUUAUGAGACACAUCAAAUUUCAUACCACCGUCCGGCAUGCUUGGUAGGAAUAAGCGUUGGCUUAUUUUCAGCAGCAGCAGUGGCCGUUUCGGAGUCCCUAUCUGACCUCGUCUCAUACGGCACUGAAAGCGUGCGGACCGCUUUUGCAUUUUGCGUUCAUGUACAGCGCGUUUCUCAGACACUUGAGACUACCGUGACAGAGCAAGCUACGUCAGCUAGCUGGGCUACGGUCGUGAUAGGUGUACCGGCAGACACAAUCCGGGAAGAACUUGACCGGUUCAAUCACCUAGAGGAGUCGGAAAGUAUUGGUACAAAUGUAAUGCCGCUGACUGGCGUGAGUAUUAGUCACGUUGAUAAUACCUCCGUUGGAAUCACAGGUCCUCCCACCCGUCUCAAGCAACUCUUCCGCCAGUCAGAGAUCCUUCGUUCUUCAAGGCACUCGGCGUUGCCCAUCGCAGGAGGCCUCUGUCAUGUUCCAAACGUGUACGAUGACGACGAUGUGCGCGCCAUCCUUGAAACGGCGGAGGUCUGGGAGAGAUGGGGCACUCGUUCUAUGCUAGUGCCAUUGGUAUCCCCAUUCACGGGCUCACCAUUUUUCUGUUCAGAUGCAUACCACUUGAUAGAAACCAUCUGCACCGAGGCUUUAACCAAGCCCCUGUAUUUCGACAAGGUCGGAAGUGGCGUUGUGACUCAACUUUCUCGCGACCCACGACCGAAUGGGCUAUCAUGUCAGAUAUUUCAUUACAGUGCAUCCCUCAUGUCAGAUACCAUCAUCGCCAACGUUACCAAUAAACUCUCAACUGUUGAUGUGAGCCGCCGGUGUUUGGUUGACUGGGCUAUGCGCGACAUAUUUGAUCAACUCCAUCAUAGCCCACGGCCACCGCAAAACUCAAAGCUAGCUGUCGUUGGCAUGUCCUGUCGUAUGCCGGGAGGUGCAGAUACCCCUGAGCGAUUCUGGGAGCUGCUCGUUAACGGAGUGGAUACGCACACUACUGUACCUCCAGACAGGUUUGAUCUAGAUGCUCAUUUCGAUCCUACCGGUGAAAAGGACAAUACAGUUGGAACCCGAUUUGGUAACUUCAUAGACCACCCAGGCUAUUUUGACGCAGGAUUCUUCAAUAUGUCCCCACGCGAGGCCGAGCAGACAGACCCGAUGCAACGCUUGGCACUUGUGACAGCAUACGAGGCGCUCGAGAUGGCCGGCUUCGUCCCUAACCGCACGCCGUCCUCUCACUUAUCACGGGUUGGCACGUAUUAUGGCCAGGCUAGCGACGACUACCGCGAGGUCAACGCAGGCCAGAAGAUUGGCACGUACGGCAUUCCUGGGACGGAAAGAGGUUUUGGUAACGGCCGCAUCAAUUAUUUCUUCAAUUUCCAAGGGCCGAGUUUCAACAUUGACACUGCAUGCUCCAGCGGAUUAGCUGCGGUUCAGGCUGCUUGUUCGGCGCUGUGGGCUGGCGAGGCUGAUACCGUAGUGGCUGGAGGCCUGAACGUCAUUACGAGUCCAGAUAUCUACUGCAUGCUGAGCAAGGGGCACUUCUUGUCAAAGACUGGUCAGUGUAAGGUGUGGGAUAUUGGAGCCGACGGCUACUGCCGUGCAGAUGGUGUCGGCUCGGUCGUGAUUAAACGACUCGACGAUGCCUUGGCUGAUAACGACGUCAUUUUGGCAUCUAUCGUAGCUGGUGCUACAAAUCAUUCAGCAGAAAGUAUUUCCAUUACUCAACCACAUGCCGCAGCCCAGAGAGAGAAUUAUCGCCAGGUGAUGGACAAGGCGGGUGUUAGUCCUCUAGACGUUAGCUUUGUCGAACUUCACGGCACAGGAACCCAGGUCGGGGAUGCCGUUGAGUCCGAGUCGGUACUUGACUUCUUCGCACCUUCUGGUCGGCGGUUACACCCCGACAAGCGCCUUCAUCUGGGCGCCGUCAAGUCUAAUAUUGGGCAUGGCGAAGCUGCUGCGGGUAUUGCCUCCCUGAUCAAGGUUCUGUUGAUGUACCGCAACAAUAUGAUCCCCCGUCACAUUGGCAUCCAAACGGCCAUGAACCCUGUCGUGGCUCAAAACCUUGCCAACCGCAACGCCGGGAUACUCACCGAGAAUCACCCAUGGCUUCCAACUGCGGCCUUUAAGAAGCGAUACUCUAUCGUGAAUAGCUUUGGUGCCCAUGGCGGCAAUACAACGCUACUACUCGAGGAUGCCCCAUUGCAACAUAUUGACAUAGACCAGGAUCAUUCGCGACAAGCUGUUGCUAGCAGCGAAGUGGUCUGCAUCUCAGCCAAAAGCAAAGCUUCACUUCGGGCCAACAUCAGGGCUUUGCUCGGCUAUCUGAAUACCCAUAAAGUGACGGAACUCAGAGAUAUUGCCUAUACAACGAGUGCUCGGCGGAUACACCAUCAUAUCCGCAUUGCCACCUCUGCUUCUACCAUAUCACAGCUACAGUCCUUUCUGGAGGCUGCCGCCAAUGAUGUCGAUGCGCAUGCAAAGCAUGUCGCUACAGCCACUAAAAGGACUAUCGUAUUUGCUUUCUCCGGUCAGGGCUGUCUCUAUCACGGCGCUGCAGCGCAGCUGUUCGAAAAAGCACCUUUGUUCCGCGACCAGGUGCUCCAACUCGAUCGGAUCGUUAGACGCCUAGGUUUCCCCACGAUACUAGCCACCGUCGCCGGCGAUGCAGCGAGUAUCGGCUCCGCCAGAUCUUCACAAAUGGAACCUACCCCAGGCAGCGAGGCAAGCCAUGACGUUGUGGCCUUGAGCGAUAGCAACACAAGUACAACCUCUCCGACACAGUCAGUCGAGAGUCCACUAGUUACUCAGCUCGCCCUGGUAGUUAUCCAGAUUGCCUUGGUGCAGUAUUGGGGACUACUUGGUAUCAAGCCCAGCGUAGUUAUCGGCCACAGCCUCGGAGAAUACGCUGCGCUGGUCGCAGCUGGAGUCUUGUCUGUCGCAGACGCUCUAUUCUUGGUGGGUAAACGAGCUGAACUCAUGUUAGCCGUCUGCGAGCCUGGGAGCCAUGCUAUGUUGUCAGUUCGCGGUGCCUCGGUCGAUCGCAUAGAAGAAUUGUGCCGUGAGAGUGAGAAACAGUAUCGUUUUGAAGUAUCAUGUGUGAACGGGUUGACCGACAUUGUUGUUAGCGGCCUGCGAGAUGAUAUGGCUUCCCUGCGUGACAUGCUGCAGGGUGCAGGACUGAAAUGUGUUCUCCUCGAUAUACCGUUCGCUUUCCACAGCGAACAAAUGUCACCCAUCCUAGAUGACUUCGAGAAUGCGGCUCAGUAUGUUACAUUCAAGGCCCCUGCGAUCCCAAUUAUCUCUCCACUUCUUGGACAGUGCCUUGCCGAGGACCACGUUAUUGAUGGGAAGUAUCUGGCCCGUGCGACACGGGAACCUGUUGAUUUUGUAGCUGCUCUUCACGCUGCUAUAUCAGAUGGCGUGGUAAAUGACAAGACCGUCUGGAUCGAUAUUGGGCCUCACCCAGUUUGUACCACCUUCGCAAGCAAUCAUUAUGGAAAGGGAGCAACACAGACUUUUGCGUCACUUCGCCGUGGUGACGAUACGCUGUCGACAUUUACAGGAAGUCUUGCAGCACUACACUGCCUAGGGUUCCCUGUUGCAUGGAAUGAGUAUUUUGAUCUCAGAGAGAAUCCCGCCCGUCUACUGCACCUCGACUCCUAUCAAUGGAACUACAAAAACUACUGGAUCCCAUACGAGGGUUCGUGGACGCUAGACAAAGCCAAUGCUGGACAAAGCAACAAGAAUAACAGUCCAGUCGCUGUUUCGGCUUUCUUCACGUCUUCUGUCCAACAAAUCAUUUCUGAGGAAUAUGGCGAGUCUAUAGGACAGAUGAAGGCACUCUCCAACUUGCAUCACCCCGACCUCCGGGGCGCAGCAGAGGGGCAUAAGUUAAACGGGAGGAGUGUUGUGACUGGAAGUAUUUGGGCGGAUAUCACUCUCACCGUUGGUGAAUAUUUAUACAGGAAAAUGCUACCAGACGACGGUACACCUCACAUGGACGUCAAAAACAUGGAAGUAAACGAAGCCCAGGUGCUUGACCCACGGGCAUCCCAAUUCAUUCAAAUCGAAGGAGUAUUGAACAUGUCGCAAAAGCAGACGGCUGUACGACUGUACGCAGCAAGCCCAGACGGGACUCGUAAUACAGAGAAGGCAUUCGCCACUGCAACUGUCUGCUACGAACACGCGCAAGCCUGGCAAGAACAAUGGCAGGUGACUUCACACUUAGUUGCUGCAAGAGCCAAUUCGCUUUGGGAAAAGAUUACAGGCGGCGGCGACAACAGCGCAGACAAAAGCAAGGUGAGCCACUUUUCACAGAGUGUCGCGUAUCAACUCUUUGCAAACGUGGUGGACUAUGGCACACGAUAUCGUGGGAUGCAGCGCGUAGCACUCUCCGAGGACACUCUGGAAGCAACGGCUGACGUCGUCCUGGACAAUGACCAACAUGGCACUUGGCACACUCCACCUCACUGGAUCGACAGCGCUUUCCAGCUUGCCGGCUUCGUCAUGAAUUCCUUUGGUGUUCAAAGCGAUGGCAAGAUCGCUGGAUCAUCUCGUGAUUUCUUUUACAUCACCCCGGGGUGGCGUCACUUCCGGCUGCUGGAACGCCUUGAGCCUGGCCCUGGUGUCACGUAUCGCAAUUUUGUCCGGAUGUUUCCGGUCGUCGGUGAACCAGGCGCAUAUGCAGGAGAUAUAUAUCUGCACCGUGGUGACAAGCUCGUGGGCGUGUGUGCAGGUGUUAAGUUCAAAGCUGUUCCUCGCGCUUUGAUGCCGGUGUUGUUUCCUCCGAUUGGGGCUAGCAAGAAGCGAAACCAAUCUGCCGAGACUCAUUCCGCCACAUACCAAAGCAACGGCGAGUACUACAAAUCUCAGCCAGUCCCGGCCCCCAUUUUCCAAAAGCCUGAGAAGUUGACGGCACCUAUCUCUAGAGUAGCUCACUCGCAACACCAAGGUCAGGUUGGCAUCUCACGAAACACACAAACCCCAGCGCCGGCAGCAGUAGUCAUGCAGCAAGUCCAGCCUGUAGAGGGUGGACAAGAUCAAAGCCAAAAUCCACAAGCAACAGCGUGCCUCGCGCUGAUUUCGGAGGAAACCGGGCUGGAUCUGGACGAUUUGAAAGGCGAUGCCGCCUUUGCUGAGUUGGGUGUGGAUUCUCUAAUGUCCCUGGCACUGUCGGCUAAGAUACGCGCAGAGCUAGGUAUUGAUGUUCAGGCGUCCAUUUUUCUGCAAUGUCCGACUGUACAAGAUCUGGUUAGAUGGUUGAGCAAGUAAAUAGAAGCUUAUUAGUGUUGUAUGAGAAAUUGAAAAUCCACUUUCAGCUCAAAGA